AUGCUCAGACAUGUUUGGAGUCUCUUUGCUCGAUCUGGCUCUUUAUGGGUAGCUUGGGUGAAAGAUUAUUUGUUGAAAAGAAAGAGUUUCUGGAGUGUGAGCAUUCCUCAAAAUUGUUCUUGGAGCUGGAGAAAGAUCUUAAAGUUGAGGGAGAUUGCUAAGAGAAUUUUGAAGUUUAAGGUUGGCAAUGGAGAGAACAUUUUCCUCUGGCAGGAUUCUUGGCAUCCCUCUGGAAUUUUAAUUGAGGUCUUUGGGCAUAGAGCUGUCUAUGAUGCUCAUAGUAGUUUGGAGGCUAAGUUGUCUUCUGUCAUUCUUAAUGGUGACUGGUUUUGGAGACCAGCCAGGUCUGAGGCUCUAGUGGAGAUUCAAACUAGGCUUCAUGAGAUAAAGUUUGGACCUUAUGACAAACCUGUAUGGACUGUUUCUAGGGGAGGUUCAUAUGUUAGCUCAGAAACUUGGGAUUUUUUUAGAGAAAAGAAGGUAGAGGUUAGUUGGUGGAAGAUAGUGUGGUUUCCAAAUGCUAUCCCUAAGCAUGCUUUCAUUUUAUGGCUUGCUUUACAGGACAGGCUUCUCACUGGGGAUCGGUUGAUGAAAUGGGGAUAUAAAGGGAUCAUUUGUUUUUUGAGCUUCAGUUACAGAAUAUGGAAGUUCUGUAUGCAUUGUUGCCAUGAAAACAAUUCUCCUAUUAUCUGGGAUGAGGUUCUGAAGUUAGGAAUCAGCAAAUGGGGAACUAAAACUCUUAAAGGUCUCCUCUGCCGCCUUGUGCUAGGAUCUGUUAUUUACAAUUUGUGGUGCACUAGAAAUGAAUUAAAACACUCUGGUCAUCCUAUUUCUGAGGAACAGAUUUUGAGGAAAGUUCUUUGGGAAGUGAGAACAAGAAUUGCAGGGAAGGGCAAGUUUUCUAAAAACAAAGAGAAUUUGGGUUUAGCUGCUCAGUGGAAUUUACCUGCAGAUUUAUUCUUGUAA